CUGAACACUCCAGGAUCCUACCUUUGCAUUUGCUUCGAAUACGAUGAGGCGAACAAGAGAUGCAAGGGUUCGAAACCCGUUUUAAACUCCGAAGAGAAGAUCCCUGUUGAAAUUGUACCGGUUCAACCCUCCUUCGGUCGAACUACCGCAGCCGUAAAGCCGCCAUUACUUAGGAAUCGGUUUGUGUCAACAACACAGUCUACAACUACAACAAUAUCGACAACAAGGAGACCUAUUACGACCUCAGCUACGACAACUUCAUCGACCAGUACCACUACCGAGGCUCCUGCUACUGUGAAAAUUGCAGAAUUCAAACCAGCAAAAAUUAAACCGAACAAACUAAAUCUAGAUACAUCUGCGCUUACUGUAGCGCCUUAUCCAGGGUCAACUCCUAUAUGUCCUCCCUGCGAUAUUCACGCUACUUGUCGUGAUGGAAGAUGCGAAUGUCAGGCCGGAUGGAAGCCGUACAAGAACAUAUGUGUUGACAUUGACGAGUGUUCUGAAAGUAAUGUAUGUGGAGCUCAUUCGGAAUGUGUGAAUCGGCCCGGAAGCUAUGACUGCACAUGUGACAAAGGUUAUCGUUUUGAAGAGAACGGUGGCGGAUGUGUAGACAUUAAUGAAUGUCGCGAGAGUGAUCCAUGUGGCAAGGCUUCGGGAGUAGAAUGUCUGAAUCGUCCGGGUACCUACGAAUGCAUAUGUAAGGAUGGCUUUGAUGGAGAUCCAAAAAGAGGAUGCAGUGACAUCGACGAAUGCGCUCUCGGCUCACAUCACUGUGGAUCUCAUGCCAACUGCAUCAAUACCAUCGGUGGCUACGAAUGCGAAUGCCUGCCUGGUUUCGAACGAAUCGCUGAAGGAGCAGGCUGCACAGACAUCGACGAGUGCUUCUUGUCGAUGUGCCAUCCAGCAGCAAGAUGUUCAAACUUGGUUGGAUCUUUCUCUUGUAGCUGUCCUGAUGGAUUUGUAGGAGAUGGAAUGCAGUGUCAUGAAACUAUACUCUAUCCAAUCGCCAACGAUUCCAUAGUGGUGCCCAGAAAAAUGGAUGCUAUUGCUUCCAUCGACCUCCCAUCUCCAGUGUUUGUCUUUGGGAAACCCUAUAACACUGUUUAUCUUUCCUCAAAUGGAAUUCUCUCAUUUGAUCGCCCACUGCCCGGUCUUAUCGAGAGAGCGGAAUCACUUCGGGAAUCUGCUAUCUUUGCCUUGCAUGUUCAAUACGACUAUGUUAGAGAAGGCCUUGUUGCCUAUACCUACAUAAAUGAGUCUGACUCGUCAGCAUACUCGUUGCUGAGCCGCUCCUCCAUUGGUGUUCAAAACAACUUCCGACUACCAAACUUUCGCACGAAAACCUUACAUCUAUUUACCUUUGAUCGGAUGCGACAGGCGGGAAGCGAAAAUUUAAACUCCUUCCAAAUUGUUUUGGCGCAGUCAGAUGAAGCGACAAUGUUGACACUGAUCUACGAAAAGACACAAUCCAAAGGCCCUAUGACAGGAAUCGCCUCACCUACUGCAUUCCUUCCCCUUCCAAACGACAUGCUUUCCUCCCAUUCCAAUGUCGGCCAACCAGGUAAAUGGAUGUUUCGCAUUGACGACGGUAUUGGGGCGUGCCCGGCUGGAAGACAAGGUCCACCACUUUGCGAUAAAGAUUGUCCACCUGGUCACUAUGGCUUCUCAUGUCAAAGAUCCUGUAAUUGUGCGGCAGGUUUCCCUUGUGAUACUUCUUCAGGAGUUUGUGCGAAUGGUUGUGCAGCUGGUUGGGCUGGGCCCAACUGUGACCAAGAUAUCGAUGAGUGUUCUUCUGGCAUGGUCCUUUGUGGUGAAAAUGCCGAAUGUCACAAUACUGUGGGUGGCUACGAGUGUCGAUGCCGAAAGGGAUAUUCAGGGAAUGGGAAAGAAUGCUCACAAGUAGAGCGCUGUUACUCACGCUUUGGCAGAUCUUGCUCCUCUGAUGGAUCCUGUGAAGAAGGCGCUGAUGGCCCUCGAUGCAUUUGUGCUCGAGGAUUCCGUGGUGAUGGAUUUACUUGCACGCGGUUAUCGCAUAUUCAUUCCUCUGUAGAGGACAUAACUCAUCUGUUGAAGAACGAUGAGAACCUAAACGAAAGUACAAGUCCAGAUGUUGGCGAACAUCCAUUUGUCAUGACUUCUUGGCAAGGACCGGGAGGACCACCUAGGAUAAAAUCCUCGUCAACAACUUCCCGACCCAAGUCUUCAUUCUUUACUCGUAAGCAUUGUGUCCACGAAUUAUUGCGUUUCUUUUUCCUGAAAGAGUUUCCAACAGCCCUCUGUAUUUCCUAGUA